AUGUCCAAAGGCUCCAGACAGAUCAAUAAUGCCCUAAGAGCGCUCAAUGAAAAACAGUCAAGCGCAGAGCAUAAUACUGCUGAUCUCAGCGUGUACAUAACAGACGACGGUACCAAGUUAAACACCAAGGAAAGAGCGGUUCCAAGUGUAGAACCCCCAGCUUCGUUCAAGCCUAGUGAUAGCGACGUGUUUCUCCCCAACGGGCUCCCCAAUUGUGAGUUUCUCAAGGACCAUUUUUUCAAAGAAGGUCGUCUCACCAUCGACCAGGCUUCGAGAAUUAUUCAUGAUGCCACUGAUCUUCUUGCUAGCGAGCCAAACUUGCUCCAGGUUCCAGCACCAGUUACAGUUUGUGGAGACGUUCAUGGACAGUACUAUGAUCUCAUGAAGCUUUUCGAGGUUGGCGGAGACCCUGCCACGACAUCGUACCUCUUUUUGGGAGACUACGUUGACAGAGGAUCGUUUUCCAUCGAAUGCUUAAUCUACUUGUAUGCGUUGAAAUUAACGUAUUCCGAUACAUUUUGGAUGCUUCGAGGAAACCACGAGUGCCGUCAUUUGACCGAGUACUUUACGUUCAAGGGCGAGUGUUUGCAUAAGUAUUCAGAGAGCUUGUAUGAAGAUGCGUUGCGAUCGUUCGAAGCUUUACCGCUUGCUGCAAUUAUGAACCGGCAAUUUUUCUGCGUUCACGGUGGACUUCUGCCGGACUUGAAGUCGUUGGACGACGUGGUCAAUAUCGAUAGGUUCAGAGAGCCACCAACCAAAGGGUUGAUGUGCGAUUUGCUCUGGGCCGAUCCGGUGGAAGAUUACGACGACGAUAACAUGGACAGAGCAUUUGUGAAAAACACCGUACGUGGAUGUUCGUAUGCAUUCACCUACAAAGCUUCGUGCCAAUUUCUUGAACGUACUGGACUCUUGUCGGUUGUUCGAGCCCACGAAGCACAAGAUGCUGGUUACAGAAUGUACAAGAGAACCAAAACCAUGGGGUUCCCGUCGUUGUUAACGAUGUUCUCUGCCCCAAAUUACUUGGACAACUACAACAACAAGGCUGCUGUGCUCAAGUACGAAAAUAACGUGAUGAAUAUCCGACAAUUCAAUUCACUGCCUCAUCCCUACUGGCUUCCUCACUUUAUGGAUGUUUUCACGUGGUCACUUCCCUUUGUGGGAGAAAAAGUCACCGAUAUGUUGGUGUCUAUUUUGAACAUUUGCACCGAAGAAGAAUUGGGAGACGACUCCAACUUUGACACUGACGAUGGAGGAGAAACGCCUACUAGUUCGCCAACUACGGUUGCUCCUAUAUCAACGUCUUCUGUGUCUUCGUCAGACGACAUUGAAGCCAAACGGUUAGCACUCAGAAACAAAGUAAUAGCCAUCGGACGAGUGUCGAGAAUGUACCUGGUAUUGAGACAAGAGUCUGAAGAUAUUGCUCUAUUAAAGCUGAUGAACAGCGGAACACUUCCCAAGGGUUCGUUGCUGAACGGCCGCGAGGGAUUGCGCCAGACUAUCAAGUCGUUUGAUGAGGCUCGUCAAGCCGAUUUGGUGAACGAAGCGUUACCUCCAACCAAGGAAGAAAGAGCCCGGAUGGGCCAAGAACGAACCCAAAAAAUCCAGAAAGACUUGGAGAAAGAUAACGAAAGUCCCGUGUUCCAGAGGUUAAUCAGGAAGUUGUCUAGUUAG